GGUCACUCUCCCACAACAAACGAUCCAUGCCAACCUACCCUACCUUACUUACCUAGGUAGGCUCUGAGAGUAUUAAGUCUCGGGGCUGUCUUCUCCUUCGUUCCAUCUCCUCCCAUUCUCAAUGUUCACUGACCGUCUCAUAAUCCAAACUACUCGAUCUCGCUGCGGCCAUCCUCAAGUCCCAAUACUCUCGGUUAUCCUCCCACGUGUUCUCACAACCUCCCCCGCGGCUAUCCGCUUCAUCGAUCGCCCACGCUACAAUUCCACUACCCCUGGGUUGCACCCAAACCACUCGUCCAUAAUGGCUUCCGCCACUUCUUUCUUCACCUUCACUCCCAAAGACAAAAAGAGUCAAGACUAUCCACUGUCCCAACAUAAGGGCAAGGUUGUCCUGGCCGUCAACACCGCCUCCAAAUGUGGUUUCACUCCCCAAUUCCAAGGCCUUGAAGCCCUGUACCAGAACCUGCAGAAGAAGUACCCCGAUCAGUUCAUCAUUCUGGGUUUCCCCUGCAACCAGUUUGGCGGCCAAGACCCCGGGUCAGACGAUCAGAUUCAAGAAUUCUGCCAGGUCAACUAUGGCGUUUCCUUCCCCGUCCUUGGCAAGACCAAUGUCAACGGUGACAAAGCGGAACCUGUCUUCGAGUGGCUCAAAAAUGAGAAGCCUGGUCUCCUCGGCCUGAAGAGAGUGAAAUGGAAUUUUGAAAAGUUCUUGGUCGGAAAAGACGGCCAGGUCGUCCAGAGAUAUGCAAGCACCACCAAGCCUGAAAGCAUAGAAAAGGAUAUUGUGGCGCUGCUUAACAAGGAAUGAGUAUACAUCCUCCCUCUCUUUGAGAUUGGAAUGAUACCUCAUAUUUGUUGGUUGCCUCCUUCUUGUUCGGCCAGGAUCAAAUAGAGGACCACUUCGUCUGCGAUCUUUAACCCAUGUACUCGUGGAAACCUUUACGGUUUUCAACUGAUACCCCAAACAUGAACAGAGAUACCCUUUUCCUCUUUG